GAGCUUAUAUUGAUUUCUAUUCCAUAAAUAAUUAAAAGAGGGUAGAAAAAUCUGCCCUUCACUUAAAAAUUGAAUGUUUCACUAUGUAUUUAAAAAGCGAUUCAGGAUUAGGAGGAUGGAUAACCAUACCAGCUGUAGCUGAUGUUCUCAAAUAUUCUUGCAUUGUUUGCUGGUCUUCUAGGGAAAAGAAUAAUGUGGAACAGGACCUUAAGGAGAAAGAAGAUACUAUCAAACAGAGGACAAGCGAGGUUCAAGAUCUUCAAGAUGAAGUUCAAAGGGAAAAUACUAACCUGCAAAAACUACAGGCCCAGAAACAGCAAGUACAGGACCUCCUUGAUGAGCUGGAUGAGCAGAAAGCCCAGCUGGAGGAGCAACUCAAGGAAGUCAGAAAGAAGUGUGCUGAGGAGGCCCAGCUGAUCUCGUCUCUGAAAGCUGAAUUAACCAAUCAAGAGUCUCAGAUCUCCUCUUAUGAAGAAGAACUGGCCAAAGCCAAGGAAGAGCUGAGCCGUCUACAGCAAGAAACAGCAGAAUUAGAGGAGAGUGUAGAAUCAGGGAAGGCUCAGCUGGAACCUCUUCAGCAGCACCUACAAGAUUCACAACAGGAAAUCAGUUCAAUGCAAAUGAAACUGAUGGAAAUAAAAGAUCUGGAAAAUCAUAAUAGUCAGUUAAAUUGGUGCAGUAGCCCACACAGUGUUCUUGUUAAUGGUGCCACGGAUUACUGCAGCCUUAGCACCAGCAGCAGUGAAACAGCCAACCUCAACGAACAUGCUGAAGGCCAGAACAACCUAGAAUCUGAGCCUAUACACCAGGAGUCUCCAGCAAGGAGCAGUCCUGAAAUAUUGCCUUCUGGUGUGACUGAUGAAAAUGAAGUAGUGACUGCCGCUGUUGAUGAAAAAGUGUGUCCUGAAUUUGACGAUGACAGACAUUCAAAAGAGGAAAACCCAUUUAAUGUAGAAUCAAGUUCACUGACAGAUCCAGUUGCAGAUACAAACUUGGAUUUUUUCCAGUCUGAUCCUUUCGUUGGCAGUGAUCCUUUCAAGGAUGAUCCUUUUGGGAAAAUUGAUCCAUUUGGUAGUGAUCCUUUCAAAGGUUCAGAUCCAUUUGCAUCUGAUUGUUUCUUUAAGCAGUCGUCUACUGAUCCUUUUGCCAAUUCAAGUACUGAUCCUUUCAGUGCAGCCAGCAGUAGCAGUAAUACAUCGGUAGAAGUAUUGAAGCACAAUGAUCCUUUUGCUCCUGGUGGAACAGUUGUUGUUGCAGCAAGCGAUUCAGCUACAGACCCCUUUGCUUCUGUUUUUGGAAAUGAAUCCUUUGGAGAGGGAUUUGCUGACUUCAGCACAUUAUCAAAGGUCAACAAUGAAGAUCCUUUCAGUUCAGCCUCAUCGAGUUCUGUCAGCAAUGUGGUCAUUACAAAAAACGUAUUUGAGGAAACAUCAGUCAAAAGUGAAGAUGUACCCCCAGCACUGCCACCAAAGAUCGGAACUCCAACAAGACCCUGCCCGCCACCACCUGGGAAAAGACCCAUCAACAAAUUGGAUUCUUCUGAUCCCUUUAAACUGAAUGAUCCAUUUCAGCCUUUCCCAGGCAAUGAUAGCCCCAAAGAAAAAGAUCCUGAUAUGUUUUGUGAUCCAUUCACUUCUUCUACUACUACCACUGCCAAUAAAGAGGCUGACCCAAGCAAUUUUGCUAACUUCAGUGCUUAUCCCUCUGAAGAAGACAUGAUUGAAUGGGCCAAGAGGGAAAGUGAGAGAGAAGAAGAGAAGAGGCUUGCCCGACUGAAUCAGCAAGAGCAAGAAGACUUAGAACUGGCCAUUGCACUCAGCAAAUCUGAGAUAUCAGAAGCAUGAAGAAUUCUCUUGUCUUUUGUCAGUACUACAAUAUUCUUCCUGAAUACUGAAGCUACUUAACAAUGUAUAUCAAAACUACCUAUGAGCAUGGGAAUACAAAAGGUUUGAGAUGCCUAUAAAUGUGACAGAAGUUUAGGAUUUUUAUCCUUUUUUUCUUUUUUAAAACUCUAUUUCAGAUUUGACUUUUUUUUUUCCUGGUAAAGCAGUAAACGAGUCAGACAACUUCACCUAUGCCCAGUUCUGGUGUGCAUUUACUGUGAGCUUUUGCCUGCCUGUGCUACUUUUACUCAUAAAGCUAGAGCACCCAAGCUUCUGCCUUCUGGAAUAUAGAGAAAUAGUUUCACUCUCUGCUACCUUGCACUGUAGUUAUUCUGAUGAUAGCCAGUGGGGUUCUUAAAGUUUGCAGUAUUCUCCCCUGAUUUGAAGGUUGAGGGAGGGGAAGGGAAAGAAUAUUCUAUUUCUUUUAUGAUUGGUACAAAUGGAGUAGUUAAAAGUACAUUCUUGUAUUUCCUUGUAGUAAAAAAUACUGUUUGUUUUUUAGAGACAAAGAAAAAUAUUUUGCUUAAGUUGACUCCGCUAUG